AUGACUCAAAUUUCAGGUUCGAAACGGCCACGACCGCUUAGGAAAAUUCCUCCGUUCACUUCAUCAGGUAGAGAACGUCGAUCAAUGGUGCAUGCGCAUCAUGAAGCGAGUCAUCAUGUGGUGAAUAGUGAAUAUCCGCGAUAUCGACGUCAAGAGCAGAUGAAAUAUCAUGAAUUGUCGGGUCGACAUGGUCGCUUGGAGCGUAUUUCACUUUUUAUGUCUUCAGAGAAUCGUCGAAGUUCGAUGCAGACCAGGGCUAGACCAUCUUUACUUUACUCGAAGAAGACAUAUGUGCCGUAUCCUAGUCCUUGUGGAGGAGAUGAAACCGCAACAAAUUUAUUGCAAAGGUCUAGUGGAAUCAAUGGUGUUGUUAUUAAACGGUCAUAUCAAAUCAAGAUGCAGUCAAUGGACAACAGUGCAGAAAAAAUCAGGAAAGUGAAUUCCGAGAAUUCGGUUCAUAGAACAGGGUAUAACAAAGCCAACUCAGAUGCUGUUCGAAAAAAGCGUGCCGUGCUUCCGCCUACGAAUAGUGCUGCACUGCUAAAGGCUGAUGAAGAGAAGGUUCUUACUGCAGAGAAGUACGCUAAGGUGGAAGUCCUGAAUGGAAGUGGUCAGUAUUCGAAGGGAAAAACUGAACAUGAAGAAAUUCCGAAGAAAAAGUUACGAUGGAUUUUAACUACUGAGCAAUUCCAAUCCGGUGGAAUGAAAACGACAAAUUCUGUGGAACAUAAGGAUUGCGGUGAUCUAGAGGCAGUUCCGGGACGUCGAGUUACCGCUAUGGCAAAGCGUCGUCAGGAUACUCCAAAAGGAAAUCCGAUCAAAUUGCGUCUCCCUGAUCUUUCCAUUGCAUGA